AUGCAACCCCAGCGACGCCGGCGUGAGUCCCUCACGCCCCAGCAGCUGCGUGAGUGGUACGCUGGUUGGGGCUGUAAGGGUGGCGACGCUACUCCUACUACCACUCCUGCUGCUUCUACUCGUGGUGGCGGCCAGAUGCAGCUCCCGCGACCCUCUCGCGUGUCUCUCACGCCUCGCCAGCUUCGUGAGUGGUACGCUCAGAGUGGAGGGUCUCUCACUGCUGUUCGCUGCUCUUACGUGAUUCGCACUGGUACUCGGACUGGUCAGCCUUGUGGGACACGUAGUCAUACACCGUCCCGCUGCUUCGCCCGUCUGAGCGACGCCUGGCGUACCGUGUUUGGCGACGAGGCUGAGCUUCCCGACUGGGUGGAGUUACUUAGGCAGAGGGUGGAUAUAUAUGCUCUUGACUAUGAUGCUAUUCUCACUGCCAUGUAUGCAUUGCCUACUAGUGCUGACAGUGCCGGUCACCUGUGCGUCCCGCCUGACCCAGGUAUAGGACCUGCUGCUCUAGCUACUGGUGAGGCUGCUGCUCUAGGUGCUAGUGAGUCUGCUUCCUCAGGUGCGGGUGAGGCUGCGCUCUCAGGUACCGCGUUGGCUUCGGCCUCCCUCACCUUUACACUUGACUCUGGGGCUUCUCGCUCCUUCUUUCGGGACCGCACCACACUCACGCCGCUUGGUCGGCCGGUUGCAGUCUCCCUGGCUGACCCCUCUGGGGGUCCUGUCCUCGCUCACUUCUCCACUGUCCUCCCGUGUCCGGCUGCCCCCUCGGGCACCCUGUCUGGCCUGUACCUCCCCUCGUUCUCGACGAACUUGGUGAGUGGUGCAGACCUACAGGAUGCGGGGGUUCACUAUCAGGUAGCAGCGUCGGGUCAGGUGUUUGCUGCUGCGUCCAGGUCUGGUCCUGAGUCUGCCCCCUGUACUUGUCGCCUCCUGUCUCACGAGACUCUCCUGUGGCACCACCGUCUUGGUCACCCCUCCUUGCCCCGUCUUCGGAGCAUGGCUUCCCGUGUCCUUGUCUCUGGUCUUCCCCAGUCUCUCCCUCCUCUCCCCUCCGGGCCAGGACCUUCCUGUGUCCCCUGUGUCGAGGGUCGCCUCCGGGCUACUCCUCACUCCUCCCACUUCCCCCCGACAGAGGCUCCCCUGCAGACGCUUCACAUGGAUGUGUGGGGCCCAGCCCCCGUCCGUGGGCAGGGUUACGAGCGCUACUUCCUGUUGGUGGUUGACGACUACUCGCGUUACACCACAGUCCUCCCCUUGCGCAGCAAGGGUGAGGUCACUGAGGUGCUGAUCGACUGGAUCCGCGAGGCUCGUCUCCAGCUCAGGAAGAGCUUCGGCUCGGACUUUCCUGUUCUGCGUCUGCACUCUGACAGAGGCGGAGAGUUCUCUUCUCGCCUUCUGCGAGACUACUGUCGUGCACGGGGGAUCCGCCAGACCUUCACGCUUCCGGACUCACCACAGCAAAAUGGGAUUGCUGAGCGCCGCAUUGGCAUGGUCAUGGAUGUCGCUCGUACGUCCAUGAUGCAUGCGGCUGCCCCCCAUUUUCUGUGGCCGUUUGCGGUGAGGUACGCGGCGCAUCAGCUCAACCUUCACCCCCGGGUCUCUCGGCCUGCGAUGUCCCCAGCCUUGCUGUGGACGGGGAAGGUUGGCGAUGCGUCUGUGUUCCGUGUCUGGGGAUCUCGGGCGUUUGUCCGCGACUUGUCUGCGGACAAGCUGUCCCCUCGUGCUGCUCCCUGUGUCUUCCUUGGCUUCCCCACUGACGCCCCAGGGUGGCAGUUUUACCACCCCUCCUCUCGUCGUGUUCUGUCCUCCCAGGACGUCACGUUCGACGAGUCAGUCCCCUUCUACCGUCUCUUCCCCUACCGCACUCCUUCCCUCCCCCCUCCCCCGGACUUCCUUGUGCCGGUUCCCCCCCCGGUAGACCCCCUCCCCCCUCAGGUUCCUGCCCCCUCAGGUGUGUCCCAGGUAGACGCCGUUGACCCGGUCGAGGUUACUGGUGACUCUGGUGCUGCUGCGGGUGCUGAGCCUGGGGGUGCUGACUCUGGGGGUGCUGUGCGCGGGGGUGCUGAGCCUGGGGGUGCUACUGCUGGGGGUGCUGGGCCUGAGGGUGCUACUGCGGAGGGUGCGGAGCCUGGGGGUGCUGAGCCGGGGGGUGCUGUGCCUGGAGGUGCUGGGUCUGGGGGUGCUGGGUCGGGAGCUGCUGAGCCUGGGGGUGCUGCGUCUGGAGCUGCUGAGCCCGGGGUUUCUCCUGCUGCUGCGUCUCGCCGGGAGCCCCUCUCUCCACAGGAGCUGCGCGAGUGGUUUGCUCGCCGCUGGAGGCGUGCUGCUGAGUCUGGAGGUGCUGCUGGAGCUGGAGCUGGAGCUUCUUCGACCGUCGAGGGUGCGGGUGCUGCCGGUCCCGGAGCUCCUGGACCUGCGGGUCCUCCUGGAGCUGGAGCUGCUGAGGGCGUUGGUGCUGAGCCUACUGCUGUUGGUCCUGCCGCUGGAGGUGUGGGUGGCGCUGGUGCUGUCGCUGAGGGUGCUGGUGCUGUCCCUGCUGCGUCUGGAGCUGCUGAGCCUGGGGUUUCUCCUGCUGCUGCGUCUCGCCGGGAGCCCCUCUCUCCACAGGAGCUGCGCGAGUGGUACGCUCGCCGCUGGAGGCGUGCUGCUGAGUCUGGAGGUGCUGCUGGAGCUGGAGCUGGAGCUUCUUCGACCGUCGAGGGUGCGGGUGCUGCCGGUUCCGGAGCUGCUGGACCUGCGGGUCCUCCUGGAGCUGGAGGUGCUGAGGGCGUUAGUGCUGAGCCUACUGCUGUUGGUCCUACCGCUGGAGGUGUGGGUGGCGCUGGUGCUGUCGCUGAGGGUGCUGGUGCUGUCCCUGCUGAGUCUGGAGCUGCCGCGCGGCCUCGGCCGUACUUCGUUCCGCUCCUACAGCAGGUUCUUGGUCUUUCUCCUUCGGUAGAGUGUCCACCGCCUGUCCAGUCGCAGUCACUGUUGGAGCCUUCCUCUCCUCUGCCUGCUCCCUCUCCUUACACUGGUCCUACUGGAGGUCUUGCUGAGCGUCGUGAGCCUGCGUCUCGUCCCGCGUCGCCUGUUCGUGCUGCUCGCGCUAGUGGUCGCGGUUCGCGUCAGCGUCCUCCUCCUGUCCCUGGCACGCACCGGAUGUCUCUGCGUCCGUCCACUGCUCCUCUGCGUGCCCCUUUGCCUUCUCCUCCUGAGUCCUCUCUUCCUGCGCUUGCCGACCCUGAGUCGGACUCUCUUCGCGCUGCCAGUCCUACUGUCACGCGUCUGCUUGCUACUGUCGUCACUGACCCCUCUUUUGAGUCCACUGCUGCGUCUGCUCUAGUCGCUGAGCUCGUUGACUUUGCUGCUCGCUGUCGUCUCGACUACGCUGCUGGUCUUGUUACUGAGUCUGCGUCUGUCUGUCCUCCGUCCGUCGGGGGUGAGUGUGCUCUUGGCACGGACGUCCUAGAGGACAGACAGGAGGAGUUACAGUGUCUAGCGGCUGCUUCACCUCAUCUCGCGUCUGUACUGCUUGCCCCUGAGGGAGACCCGGAUGCACUAGACAUCCCGACUCCGCGUUCUUACGCGGAGGCCGUAGAGGGUCCCUACUCCUCUCAGUGGCAGGCAGCUAUGGAUGCAGAGAUGGCUUCCUGGAAGUCCACAGGCACCUACGUUGACGCAGUUCCCCCUCCUGGGGCGAACAUCGUCAGUGGCAUGUGGAUCUUCCGGGUGAAGCGGCCGCCGGGCUCUCCACCUGUCUUCAAGGCGCGGUACGUUGCUCGAGGCUUCAGUCAGCGGCAGGGAGUUGACUACUUUCAGACCUUCUCUCCCACCCCGAAGAUGACCACUCUUCGGGUGCUGCUGCACAUAGCCGCUCAGCGCGACUACGAGCUUCACUCUCUUGACUUCAGCACUGCGUUCCUGCAGGGUAGCCUGCACGAGGAGAUCUGGCUGCGCCGUCCACCUGGCUUCACAGGGACUUUCCCUCUUGGCACCCAGUGGAGCCUCCGACGGCCAGUCUACGGUCUCCGCCAGGCACCACGUGAGUGGCACGACACACUGAGGACUACGCUUGCGGCUCUUGGGUUUGCUCCUUCUACUGCUGACCCGUCGCUGUUUCUGCGCACCGACACUUCACUGCCGCCGUUCUACAUCCUCGUGUACGUCGACGACUUGGUCUUUGCCACAGCGGACACUGCUGGACUCGCCCACGUGAAGUCCGAACUGCUGAAGAGACACACGUGCACAGACCUGGGUGAACUGCGCAGCUACCUUGGCUUGCAGAUCACUCGGGACAGAGCACGCCGCACCAUUACCUUGACUCAGUCACACAUGGUGCAGCAGGUCCUUCAGCGCUUCGGCUUCACGUACUCCUCGCCUCAGGCCACUCCUCUGCCUACUCGCCACUCACUCUCAGCUCUGCCUUCGGAUGAGUCCGUAGAGUCGAGUGGUCCGUAUGCAGAGCUUGUUGGCUGCCUCAUGUACCUGAUGACCUGCACACGACCUGACCUUGCAUAUCCUCUGAGCAUUCUUGCACGCUAUGUUGCUCCUGGGAGACACAGACCAGAGCACAUGGCUGCAGCGAAGAGGGUAUUGCGCUACCUGUGCAGUACGUCGGGCAUGGGGCUUGUGCUUGGAGGGCGGAGUCCAGUGGUCCUUACCGGCCACGCGGACGCUUCUUGGGCUGACGACCAGGCUACGCAGCGGUCGUCACAGGGUUACACCUUCAGCCUUGGUUCCGGCUCUGUCUCGUGGCGGUCUACUCGCUCGUCUUCAGUUCUCGGCUCCAGUUGUGAGGCUGAGAUCUACGCCGGGGCCAUGGCUGCACAGGAGCUUCGCUGGCUCACCUACCUGCUGACUGACCUUGGAGAGCCGCCUCGUUCUCCUCCAGUGCUGUACGUAGACAACAAGGCCAUGCUGGCCUUGUGUCGAGAGCAGCGCUUGGAGCACAGAACGAAGCACAUUGCUCUCCGCUACUUCCUUGCUCGUGAGCUGCAGCAGCGUGGUCAGUUGCGACUUGCGUACGUGGCCUCUAAGGCCAACACUGCUGAUGUCUUCACCAAGGCACUCGCGCCUUGUGACCAUCAGCGCUUUUGCACCCAGCUGGGUCUUGUGCCUGUCUUGCCUCACUUGCUCUCCUCUUGA